UCUGUCUCUGUCUCCGUUAUAUCUGUUUUCUCUCUGCUCUCUCUCUCACUCUCAGAAGCUGUGCAUUUUUCGCUGCUCACUUUCGAAAUUCCUGCGUGUAAACCCCUCCGAUACAAUACAAACCCUUAGAUCUGGUUAGUUACCCCAUUUAUCGUUCCCCAAACCGCUCUAAAAUGUUCUAAAUCGGUUGCAUUUCACUUCCUUCAGGUAUUAGAUAUGUGCUGCUUCCACUUCGUUUCUUCUCUAAACUUCUCUUCAUCUUCUUCUUCUAUUUAUAAUGUUUUUAUAUGUAUAGAGAGAGAGAGAGAGAGAGAGAGAGAGAGAGAGAGAGAGAGGACAUGAAUGAAAUAAUCAUUUUUUAAUUUAAUCUAGCUGCUAAGUUUUUUUUUGAAGAUAAAAUUAAUUAGAAUUAGAACUACAAGCAAAUAUGAUUACUAUUUAUGGCAAUAUCUUUCUGUUUUCUUAUUUUUCAUUGCUUUUCGUUUUGAAUUUUAUUAAAAAUAUUUUAAGAAAAUUUUUCUGUUCGGUAUUUUUUUAAAGUUAUUAAUUUGAGAUUCCAAAUUUGGAUUUUCUCUUUAAAAGCUUUCUGUGGUGAUGGAAUCAAAAUUUGGGGAUUUUUGUAUUGAAAGAGGAUUGGAUCAGGUGUAUUAGAUUGCUUGUAAUCAGAUGAGUUUUGGUAGCUAUAUGAUCGUAGUCAAAAAGCUUGAUUCAAUCUUGUAUACAUAGUCGUUGAAUAGUUUUCAGGCUAAGUGUUAUGUCAAUUUGACUUGAAAAACGAAAGGAUUAAUGAGGAGCACCCUUUUCAAUUGAAUCCAGCAGUGGUUCAUUUAUUGAAUUCAAUCUCUGUCCGUGAUUCAUUGAUUGCGCAUUCGUAGUUUACUUGAACUGUAAUUAGAGCUUGGAAUGCUUCUUCAGGAACUGUAAUUAGAGCUUGGAAUUUGAUAUUGAAAAGAAGCUUAGUUAGAUUUUGUUUAACUAGUAAUUAGAGCUUGGAAAUUGAGAAGUACCUUCAUUUUUGUUUUUCUCACAAAAUUUGAUGGGUUUUCCUACAAAAAAUUGAGGAGUUUUAGAUUGUGGUUAAUGCGUUAAUUUUUUUUUUUGUUGGGUUUCUUAACUGUCUGGGUUUUCAUCAAAAUUUGGAGGGUAAGGAUGUUAGAGACCGAGCUAUAUCCUUCUCGGAUAUUUUCUCCUUUUCGAGAGGAAAGUGGCGAUGAAGAGCUCUCUGUGCUUCCUAGACACACCAAAGUCAUUGUCACCGGAAACAACAGAACAAAGUCUGUGCUGGUUGGUCUGCAAGGCGUGGUCAAGAAGGCUGUUGGUCUUGGGGGCUGGCAUUGGCUGGUUCUAAAAAAUGGUGUUGAAGUUAAGCUGCAAAGGAAUGCAUUGAGUGUGUUGGAACAUGCUACUGGGAAUGAAGUGGAUGAAGAUAAUGAUUUUGAUACUAGCAGUGGCUCUGACAUUGGUGAAAAAGACCAUGAUUUCUCUAGUGGCAGUGAGUUCCAUAAAAUUAGCAAGCCAAGAGUUCGCUCAACAAGGCCAUGCUUUCCAUUAGCAAAGUCAACAAAUUUUAGCAGUUCCAGAGAUGUUCAGUCGAUUACUCAUACCCCCCAGUUGAAGGUGAAUUUGGCUAAACUUGGAACAGAAUCACUACGGAGAUAUUGCAGACGAUUCAACCUUGCGGGUGUUCACUCUGAUUCAUCAAGGGAGCAAAUGCUUAAUGUUGUGCGAGAACACUUUGCUUCACAGCAACCAUUGGAUGAGGCACGAGUGAUUGCAGAAUUCAUCAAUGCUGCGAAGAGACGGAAACUAGCUGACAGACCAAUGGAGUGAGAUUUCUGGAUGUUUGAGGCGUUGUAUAAUUAUAUACAUAUAAACUAACAUAUAGAUUAGAUCUGAUCAUAUACUGAUAUGGGAGAAUGGUUCAUUAGUGAAUGAGAGUGUCACCUCAGAUUCUAACCA